AUGGAAGCAUCGAUCCAAUUUCCGUUCCUUCAAGCUCUUUUGCAGGAACCCAACAUCCAGCAACCUCAGCUGUACAACCAAGCUGGAGGGAAAGUAAGAAGCCAGAAGCGCGACGUGAUAUUUCGCGAGAAACGAAUUCCAUGCCAAACGUAUCAUCAUCGGGGCGAAACCAGAAGAGCCCAAGACCUCAACUCGUUGAAAGAGUCACCGCAGCAGCCAAAAUACGGGAGCACUUCACCGGAGAAAUUCGAGGAAAAGAAAAAGGGAAAGAAAUACACGUGCGGUCGAUACGGCAAAGCGGAUCGGGCACAACGCAGCUAA